AUGGCCGAUCCCUUGAGCAUCGCUUCGAGCGUCGUGGCACUCGUGACCUUUGGUUUACAAACUAGCAAGAUUUUGCGAACCACUAUCGAAAGUUUCCAGAAUCGAACCAAAACGAUUCGUGAUUUGCGCAUAGAUGUCCUCGCGCUCUUUGGUGCCCUCGAAGAACUGAAUGAAGCCGUUGAAGAUGGAACGGCCGAAUUUGACCGCCUCAAACUUCCCCUCUACAGUUGUGCGAUCCUGUGCAGCGACUUCAAUGGGAUGAUACACAAGUGCACGAGUCGCACUAGCGACUCCAAGGGUAGUUUUCGGGAUUGGACCAAAUUACAUUUCCGGGGGAACGACAUUGAAACGUUCCGGACCACUCUUGCUGGCUAUAAAUCGACCAUCCAAGUCGCAAUUGGCGCCAUUAAUUUGCGAUCCAUGCGAGUAACGCAGUCUUGCCUUGAUGAUUAUCGCAUUUUGAUUCAAGACGCAAAGGCAGAUCUCCAAGCACACCUGGCCAGCAUCGAGGAUAGACUGUCGUUAGAUCCUCUGCUUCAGGCUACGCUGGACUUGACAAUCACAAAGUUUGCAGACCCGCAGCAUCUUCAACAAGAAAAGAGCAGUGCACUUCAAUGCCUUCAGAUCUGUUCUGAUGUGUCGAAUUACAUCGAAAUGAGGCAGGAAAGCGUUGCAAACGUCCCGGACGACAGUGCGCACCUUAUUUACCAGUCGCCCGUCACUACAACCCGAUCCUCUACGCCAUCUUCGAAAGGGAUGACCGCAGCCACACUCGACUACUGUCACCGGCAGGUGAACAUGACGAAACACGGCGUUCAGUCUCGGCUUAAUUCGCUGGAGGAUGCUUUGGAGUCCAGACAGGCAAACCCCACGCAUGCCUCAGAAAAGGAACGCAUCCAGGAGUGUAUGUCGCUAUGCGACGAGGCCCUGCGCGAGUCGACCCAAUUCCGACAGAACACCUAUGAAGACAUCACUACCGGAGAGGACUCUGAUCAACUGAUGAUAUCAACAGUUGGCGAGCUUAUUUCGGCCAGGAACGUCAGUGCAGGCGCGAGAAGCACCCAAGUAUUUGGUCAAUUGUCAAAUGAGUCACUUCAGAUGUUUUUUCAAACAAGAGCAAAGCCGCGGUAA